AUGAAAAGGAAGUUGACGAAGAGAGUCUAUAGAUUGGGACCGUUUCUGCAAAUAAACCUAAAUAAUCAACCACCGAGGUUUUCUCCGCAGAAUCCAUCCGUCAGUCACUACAUCAGUACAUUUAUUAGUUUUUUCAAUCUUUAUCAGCAGAACUGGGGUAAAGCAGUCAACUCGUCCUUACCCACAUGGAUUUGCAGUUUUGCUGAUCGAACAAAGAGAUACACACUCCAUCGAAUUAGUGUUCUUGAGUUUUGGAUUCUUGUUCACUGUAAUUUUUGCCCUGUUCUACGGUCGGAUCCCACAGCUAGAAAGCGGUAUACUAGUUCGAACAUACAGUAUAAAGGUGGCCCUAGAUGCCCUGGUCAAAAUUUGAUGUCGGACAGCUGUCAAGGCAAAAUAUGCAUAUUAUCACGUGAAUCAGUAAUAGUGGCCAUGUUAAGUGGAGAUCACAACGCACUGGUAGGCGUAAUAACUGCAGCAGUGUGCACAUGUACUUAGGUGACUCCAUUUUUGACGAUGCUCUCAAGCUUUGCAUCGAGAAUAAGAGGAUCAACAGUGGCUGCAAGACCUGUAUCUGAUUCCGCUACAUUAUCUGCUUCAAAAGCGAACCAACAAUGUCCUGGUCCGAGCAGAAGAUUCAUUUUUUUCCUUAAUGUAAUUCAGUUCUUAGUCUUUAGGUUUAGCCUUUAUUGUAAAGCAAUUCUGGAUUUGAGUUGCCUGUGAAAGACAAAAAGACAACCUUAAAACAGACAGAACUUUUUCCUGCAUUAGACAUUUACUGUAGAUGAAACAAUAGUAGUUUAACCAUUGUAAAUGGAAGCAAACUUGCUGUCUGAAUGAGUUAUUACACAGAAAUGCGAUAAGAAGCUAAGGGCAUGAUUGCCAACUGGUUUAA